CAACCACGUGAAACGUUUCCCGCUCAAAUUUGCUUGCUCGGCAGUUAGCCAGUUAGUUGUGCUGUAGCGGUCGCACGCGUAAGAGUUGUGUUGUGUGUUGAAAUUUCAUUUAUAGUGCUGUAAAUUUGAUUAUUGAGUGUUAUUUUGUAUCCAGCAAGCUAGCUUCGAUAUCUCUACAUUUUGAUUUUAUAAACUUGUAUACAUCUAGGCCGUGGAGUUUGGUUAUCACGAGCGACCUACGACAAGGAUGUCUACACUGCUGGAUCGUCAAUGGCAAUGUUUGUGAAAAAUAUUGCAGUCUCGGUAUUUGGAACUGAUUAUUUAAAAAAACAUAGUGUCAAAGGAAAAGGGUGCAACAAAACUAAAAGUGUACCAAGGCCGGCUAUUGAUUCUACGAAAGCUCUUGCUAUUCGAGACAUUUAUGAAUAUUAUUUGAAAACUGAAAAGACUAUGCAAGGUUCAGAGUUACAAAACGAGCUGGAUAAUUAUGAAGAUUACAUUCGGCAGAAAAUUUCAGAUCUAAUCCGACCAAAAAGAGUGCCUAAAACGGAUGGAACAAAAGAUUCGAAGAUAGAUAAAAGUGGUAAAGGGAAAGAUGAUCCUACGAAAGAUGAUUCUACCGUUUAUAAAAUUCCUGCGUCUGCAAAUACCUCCACUGUACUCACUGGUCCAAUGAGUCACUCCUCAGCUGAUCAACUCUCUGAGCACCCGACAAAAAAACGAAAUAAAAAAAAAAUUGCCGGUCAAGCAUGUGACCUCUUCUUCAAGCAGCUCCUCUGGAUCUGCUGAAGACUCAGAAUCUUCUGAAGAUUCAGGAACUUCAUCUGAUGAAAACGCCUCACCAGAUAGAUCGGUCAUGAAGAUCGCAACAGAAGAAUAAUUUUAUUACAUAUACUUUUCAUACCCUAUUCUUAUUUUUUGCUAAUUAUUCUCAAAUUCCUACACUACAAAAUUAUGUUCAACAGUU